AGUCUCUUCCUCUCUCUCUCUCUCUCUCUGUCUGUCUCUCUAUCUGUCAACCUCUCUCUCUCUCUAUCUCCGCCCUACACACACACUCUCACUCUCUCUAACUCUCACACUGUUCACUAGUACAGAGCACAGAGAACCUGCUGGAUCAGGACUGUAGGUGUAGGUGCAGCAGCAGGUUGUAGGUUCUAGAUACAUAGUUUAUACAAAGGUUCUCAGGAUGACCUCCACAGCUCAACCCAUGUACUCCCCGUUCUUCGCAGUGAUGGGAGCUUCAUCAGCCAUGGUGUUCAGUGCGCUGGGCGCAGCGUACGGUACGGCGAAGAGCGGUACGGGGAUCGCUGCCAUGUCGGUGAUGCGUCCAGAGCUGAUCAUGAAGUCCAUCAUCCCGGUGGUCAUGGCCGGUAUUAUCGCCAUCUAUGGGCUGGUGGUGGCGGUGCUGAUCGCCAACAGCACCACCAGUGAUGUUACUCUGUAUAAGAGUUUCCUGCACUUGGGCGCUGGGCUGAGCGUGGGUCUGAGCGGGCUGGCCGCGGGAUUCGCCAUCGGGAUCGUGGGCGACGCCGGGGUCCGCGGGACCGCCCAGCAGCCCCGACUCUUCGUCGGAAUGAUUCUCAUCCUCAUCUUCGCCGAAGUGCUGGGGCUGUACGGCCUCAUCGUGGCCCUCAUCCUCUCCACCAGGGGCUGAACCCCCCCGAGACCGGACCAGGAGAACCGGCUGGAACCCGGCGCUGCCACUAGAAAACCUCAUAACUCCAAAGCAGGAAAGGGAAAUAUGCUCUGAACGUCUGAUUAUGCAGCAUUUGAUUUUAAGCUUUUCUAUUGGACGAUUAAUAAGUGAUGUAAUGUUAUGUUAGCAAUGAUGGACAACCAAAAAAAACUGUCGCAAGAAAACUUUGUAUAAUAAUGCAAGUGUAGCACCAAGGGGGCGCUGUUGUAUCAAUAAAUAUUAUGCUACACAUAAAAAGCAUUUAUAGAUCUUAUUUUGUAUUGUAAUUUAACUACAAAAUUUAGUUUCAUUUUCUUCAGGCUGAACUGUAGGUAAUGAUCCUAAAUUCGAACAAGUGUAAGUUAACAUCAGAUAAUCUGCCAUUUAAAUACAAAAUAACAGCCAAUAGGAGCUUGCCUGUAAGAUACAAUCGCCUUAAAAAAAUGCGUACUUACGUUAAGUUUUCUUACGACAUCUACUUAAAAAAAAACUCCUUCAAUUGGUAAACAAUGGAACAAACAAUCCAAACAAAAAGAUUUCAGUAUGUGACCUUAACGUUUCUGUCUCUCAGUUUAACAUUUUAAAUUUAACUUAUUAAAUUUAGCGUUAGCGCAGCUGCUAAUCCUGGACUGUCUGUAUUGAGAACCUAUAGAGAGCCGAUCCCUGUUUGAGAUGGGGGCGGAGUCUUCCUGGGGAGGUGCUGAGGGGGUGGAGCAACUGGAGUUCAGUCUGUUCCAGAGUCAGAUCUAUAAAAACUGAACUAAAAUUAAGUCUAAUAUCUCUCUCUCUCUCUCACUUCACACUUCUGUCACUCAUCCUUCACAUCAUCCAUCACUUCUAUAUUUGCCCCUUUUUCUUUUGAUCCUUUGUUUUGAUACUAUUCUUUUGAUUUCUUUUUUUAAUUUCUUUUUAUAUAUUUUUGGCUUUCACCUUUCCCCCUUUUCUUUUUUUUUUGCUUUUUUUUGAUCAUUUUUAUUGAUAGUUUAUAUUUUCCAUUCCAUUAAUCUGUUUCGUUCCUUCUUUUCAUCUUUUAUCACUUCCACGUUUUUUUAUCCUUUUUUAAAAAUAUAUUUCACCUUCCUUUGAUCAUAUAUUGCCUUUCUUUUCAUCUUCUCCUUUUUAAGAGCUUUCUAUCUCUUUCCAUCAAUUUCUCUUUCUCAAUCUCUCAUUCUGUCUUUUUUUGACACUUCUGUCACUCAUCCAUCACUCAAUCAUUCUUCUUUCUUUUGAUCUUGUUCUCUCACUUUUAUAUUUGGCCCUUUUUCUUUUGAUCCUUUAUGUUUUGAUACUGACUGGUCUUUUAAUCAUUUUCUCCUUAUUUGUUAAAUCUUUUAUAUACUUGUUUAUUUAAUCUUCUUCCUUUUUUAGUUUUUAUUUGUUCUCUUUUUUGUUCCUUCUUUUCAUAUUUUAUCACUAUCAUUUCUUUAGGUCCAUUUUUUCAAUAUGGUUUCACCUUCCUUUGAUCGUGCAUUGCCUUUUUUCAUCUUUUCCCUUUUUAAUGAGUUUUUUUUAUCUCUCUCUCUCUCUCUCUCUCUGUGGCUGGAGGAUUUCUCUCGCUCGUGUGUUUCUGAUUGUGUGUGUGUGUGUGUGUGUGUUGGUAAUGAAUCUGAUGAUGAUGAUGAUGUAAAUGGAGUGUAUCUCAGAUCUGAUCAGUCUGGGACUGAAAUCGUUUGUUAAAUGUAUUUUUUUAUUUUAUUUAUGAGCAGAUUGAGAUUGUUAAUGGAAAUAUUGUAUUAUUAUGCAGAUUCUGAUGAAUAUGAGUAUAAAGGAAUAAAGUGUUGUUAAUCAGUUUAUCUGCACUGUGGGCAUUUAGCGGCGCCCCCUGCUGGUACGUGUGUGUGUGUAAACUGCUGACCCACAGCUCAGGGGUGUAUCUGUGUGUGUGAUGUUUUGAUUGAAUAAAGCUGAGUGUGUGUCUGUCUCACACACACA